CUUCUUCUCACACCACUCCACUCGUCAACAAGCUCUCACCUUUUCUACAAAAUUCUCUAAAUUUGGCGUCGAUCGGAAUUCUCAGAUGAGAGCAAUGAGGGCAGUAAUCGAAAGAGUCUCUCAUCUUCCUCCGUCACGUUGGAGCGAGCUUUGGCAAGAGCAAACAGUGGGAUGAUUUGGAGGAAGAAGAAGAUGAAGAGAGAAAGGAGGAGGAUCACGAUAUGCUUCUUUAUCAAGCUAAGCGAAAACCGGAAGAUGAUUUGGAAACCAAACCCAUUCUCAAGAAACAUAAGGAAAUAUCCGAGAAGGAGAAGGAGAUAACCGAAGGAUUUGCUGAUAGUCUCCACCAGGUCGAGUUGUUGGAGACAAAAUCUGAUCAGCCUAAUUUAAUCUCAGUGAAGGAAGCUGCCGUAAGAAAAAAGACGCUCUUUAUUGAAACUCUCCCUUACGAUACUGAAAUACCAAAUAUCAUCGAUUUCUUCAAAAAGGUUGGAGAAGUUGUUCGUGUUCGACUUAUUCUAAACCUCAAGGGUACGCUUGUGGGCUGUGGCUUUGUUGAGUUUGCUUCCUCUAACGAAGCAGAGGAGGCGCUGCAAAAGAAGAACGGUGAAUAUUUGUGCGGUCAUAAGAUUGUUCUUGAUGUGGCUAAUAAGGGAGCUAAAUACCUUCCACCCAAGUAUUGCAUAGAUCACAAGGUUUGUUACGAAGAUUACCUUCGACGAGAAAGCCUUCCGAUAGAAGAAGAUGAGACACCUCCUGGUUUUGUUGAGAAAGUACUCUUUGUUGCCAAUCUCUCUCCCCAAACUAAAAUAUCAGAUAUCAAAGAUUUCUGCAAAGAUGUUGGAGAAGUUGUUAGUGUUCGACUUAUUGUAAACCACGAGUGUAAGCAUGUUGGCUAUGGCUUUGUUGAGUUUGCUUCUGCUAACGCAGCGAAGAAGGCGCUGGAAAAGAAGAAUGGUGAAUAUUUACACGAUCAUAAGAUUUUGUUGAUGAAAGGACUUGAUGAAACUCCCGAUUUUGUUGAGGCAGUUGCUGUAAGAAAAAAGACGCUCUUUGUUGCCCAUCUCUCUCACCAAACUGAAAUAUCACAUAUCAUCAGUUUCUUCAAAGAUGUUGGAGAAGUUGUUCAUGUUAGACUUAUUGUAGACUAUGCGGGCAAGCAUUUGGGCGAUGGCUUUGUUGAGUUUGCUUCUGCUAACGAAGCAGAGAAGGCGUUGGAAAAGAAGAACGGUGAAUAUUUGCACGAUCGCAAGAUUUUACUUGAUGUGGCUAAGACAGCUCCAUACCCUCCACGACCCAAGUAUUGCAUAGAUCACAAGGUGUGGUAUGAAGACUACAUUCGACGAGAAAGCCUUCUGAUAGAAGAAGAUGAGGCAGUGGAAGGACAUGAUGAAACUCCUGAUUUUGUUGAGGAAGUUGCGGUAAGAAAAAAGACGCUCUUUUUUGCAAAUCUCUUUUACAGAAUUAGAAUAUCAAAUAUCAUCAAUUUCUUCAAAGAUGUUGGAGAAGUUGUUGGUGUUCGACUUAUUGUAAACCAUAGGGGUGAGCAUGUGUGCUGUGGCUUUGUUGAGUUUUCUUCUGCUAAUGAAGCAAAGAAGGCGCUGCAAAUGAAGAAUGGUGAAAAUUUCCUUGGUCGUUUUAUUUUUCUUGACGUGGUUAAGUUAGCUCCAUACCCAAUCCGACCCAAGUACAACCUUGUAGAGAAGCUUUGGUUCGAAGAGUACCUUCGACGACAAUACCUUCUAAUAGAAGAUAAUUUGGAGACCAAACCGAAUAAGAAGAAACAGAAGGCACCUACUAUGAUGAGCAGAUUCUGCGGUAAGAAGAUUACCUUCUCUUACGACGACUGAUAGAAGAAGAUGAAGCUUUUUGAUGUUUUAAAACUUGUGAUAUUUAGGUAACCUUGAUUUAUAACGAAUACUUAAGCAUCUUGUAGCAUUAUUGACUUUGAUUUUCAAUUAAAUUAACUCAAUUCAUGU